AUGGGUACUUGUAUAUCUCAACAUCCAGUCUCAACAGAUUUUGAAAACAGAGAAAGUCUGUGUAUUGAAGAAGGUCAAAAAUAAGAAGAAGUGGUUAAACCUGUUGAAGUAUAGGCAGAAGCAUUUCCAUUAUAAUCAUAUGAUGAAUAGAAUGUUAUUAAAAUUUAAUCGGGAUUUAGAGGUAUGAAGGCAAGAAAAGAAGUAAGUUAAAAUUAAAAUAUAUAGGCUGAACAAGAAAAAGAGUAAAUGGAAAAUAUGAAGCCAAAAAAUGAAAAUAUCAAACCAUAUAAUGGAGUUGUAGAAUCCACCAAUGAUUUAAUAAAACAACAGCUACUUAAAUAUGGAGAAUAUUAAUAUAGCAAAAAUAAUGAUGAGAAAUUCUUAAAUUCUAGGUCUUUAACUCCGUAUGUAAAAAUUUUAAUUAAUUUCAGCAAUUAGAAGAUGGUUCAAUUUAUGAAGGUUAAUGGUUAAAUGGGUUAAGAGAAGGAAGAGGAAAAUUGAUUUACUCUGAUGGUUCUAUUUAUGAAGGUUAUUUUUCAAAAGACUAUUAACAUUUAAAUGGAAGAUUAAUUAUGGCAUCUGGAGAUUUUUAUGUAAAUUUAUGUAUUUAUUAUAGUAAGGUGAUUUUCAGAAUGGAAAAAUUGAAGGAAAUGGUACUUAUAAAUAUGCUGAUGGAACUAAAUAUGAAGGAGAAUUCAAAAAUAAUAAACAGAAUGGUUUUGGUAAAGAAACAUGGCCCGAUGGAACCAAGUAUGAAGGAAGUUAUGAUAAAGGAGUAAAAUAUGGAACAGGUCGAUUUUAAUGGACUGAUGGGUCUAUUUAUGAAGGAAGUCUUGUUAAUGAUUAAAUGGAAGGUAUAAAUUUAUUAUGAUUGAUCAAAGGAUAUGGAACUUUUACUUGGGCUGACAAAAGGAAAUAUAACGGAAAUUGGAAAAAUAGUAUGAUGAAUGGUUAAGGAGAAUUAUUCUAUCCUGAUGGUAGAUGCUAUAAAGGUAUUAUAACUCAUGAUUGUGUCCUAGGAUAAUUUUAGAAUGAUUUAAGAAAUGGGGAAGGGACUUUCUUUUUUAAUGAUGGAACUAAUUAUUGUGGACCAUGGAAAAAUGAUAAAUAACAUGGAAAAGGAGUUAAAAAAUAGAAAGGAGGAUUAGAAGAAUAAUAAGAAUGGAAUAAUGGAACAAGGGUAAUUUGAAGAAUUGAACAG